AUGGCGGCCUCGAAGCAGGAUUAUAUACCCACAUAUCUAGGGGCCCCUCCUGCGUGUGAAGAAGCUCCAAAGAGAAAUGUCGCCGAGUCUUCAGGUCCAGUAAAUAGUUCCUCUAUCUCUUUCCCUCAAGCCACGGAACCAUGCGUCCAAACUAGCUUCAAACCAAUUGUCAUUCCCCAAACAUCCACCUCCUUCCGAGGCGCUUACUUCUCCCCCUUCGCACGCGCCUACAGCCCCGCUCUGCGCGCACACAGCAUCAACAUCAGCGUCUCGGAAUUCCUCUUGUUCAUCGACGGGCUCAACGAAGCCUUCCUCGCCGCGCCCGCCUUCCAGAUCACCUCUCUAGCCGGCGGCGUGCUAUCCGCCGUUCCCCUCUCCGCAACUCAAUUCGCCGGGCUGGGCCUGCAGGUCGCGGCGGGGGUGGCGUCGACGGCUACGAGUUGGACGAGGGCGAGGGCGUUUGUGAGGGCGGCGAAUGAGCGGCUUUGGGAGCCCAGGGGCUUGAGGUGCAAGGUGUGUAAGACGGGGGAGAUGAUGCGGGUCGUGGGGUGUGGGGAGGGGCUGUUGAGGUUGCCGGGGCUUGAGGGGGGUGGAGGUACAGAUGGAGAUGAGCCGCGGAUGAGGAGGAUGAGAGCGUUGGGGGAUAAGGUGGCGGAGUUGAGCUUCGAGGGACUGCCUCCUCCUGAAGACCCUGGGAAUUGGUGGAAGAGGAUAGGGAGUCAGCAGGCGCAGAAGAAGGACGCGAAGAUGAAUAGGAAAAUGGCGAGGGAGAGGGGGAAGGGGUUUGAGAAGUAUGAGGAGAAUAUGAGGAAGGCACAGAGAAAAGCAGGGAAGUAUGAUAGAGAGAUUGAGAAUAUUGAGAGAGAUAAGACGAAGGAGGUCGCUAAGGUUGAGAGGGAGUUGAGUGGUAAGAAAGGUCGGGAUCCGAAAGACAGAGCCAAGAUUGAGAAAGACCUUCAACGCGAGUUGAGAAAAAUCGACAAGGAGCAGGAUCAAGUUCGCAGGAAAAAGGAAGAGGAGAUGGACAGGGGAAUGAGAAAGGGGGAAUCUAAAAUUCAAAAGGCAGAUGGAAAGGAGCAUAAGGUUGCCCAGAAAAUAUACUGGAUCGUUAUAGACAAAGCAGAUAGGCUGGAACAGGAUGUUGAAGAAGAUGUGGAAGAUGCCGAGUCGCAGAAAUCUACCUAA